UAUGACUUUUUCACAGUCCGGUGACCCAACACAACUCGGCGGUCAUGGCCAGUAGUAUGACCCACCACGGCUCCCCGAACCUCGGCUACACGCCCAACAACGUGGUCCCGGUGCCCAUCAUCACGCAGACGGACUCAAGGGACAAAUGGAGCAAAAAGAUGGACUUUCUCCUGUCUGUUGUGGGCUUCGCCGUGGACCUUGGAAAUGUUUGGAGAUUUCCGUACAUAUGUUACCAAAAUGGUGGCGGAGCUUUCCUCAUUCCAUAUAUCCUGAUGGCCAUCUUUGGAGGAGUGCCCCUCUUUUACAUGGAGCUAGCACUGGGACAGUUUCACAGAACCGGCGCCAUAUCCAUAUGGAAACACAUCUGCCCCAUUUUCAAAGGAAUAGGUUAUGCCAUUUGCGUCAUUGCCUUGUACGUGUCCUUCUAUUACAACACCAUCAUCGCCUGGGCCCUCUUCUACUUCUACUCCUCCUUCUCCACCAUCUUGCCAUGGACAAACUGCGACAAUGCGUGGAACACUGCCAACUGCACCAACUACUUUGGCAUUGACAACGUCACAUGGACAGAUUCCUCCAGAUCUCCGGCAGAGGAAUUUUACACGAGGAACGUCCUCGAGAUCCACAAGUCAUCAGGCCUGGCAAACGUCGGAGGUGUUCGCUGGCAGCUGAUGCUCUGCCUUUUUCUCAUUUUUACUAUUGUUUACUUCAGCCUCUGGAAGGGGGUGAAGACUUCUGGAAAGGUUGUAUGGGUAACUGCCACUCUGCCCUACAUCGUUCUUUUCAUUCUGUUGAUCCGUGGUGCCACUCUGCCAGGAGCUUGGAGAGGAGUGGAGUUUUACCUCAAACCCCAAUGGGACAAACUACUGGAGACCAGUGUGUGGGUGGAUGCUGCUUCUCAGAUCUUCUUCUCCCUUGGUCCCGGCUUCGGAGUACUCUUGGCACUCUCCAGCUAUAACCCUUUUACUAACAACUGCUACCGCGACGCCAUUGUGACCAGUUUGGUGAACUGUCUGACCAGCUUCGUGUCAGGGUUUGUCAUCUUUACAGUGCUGGGCUACAUGGCAGAGAUGAGGCAAGUAAAGGUGGAGGAUGUGGCCAGAGAUAAAGGACCCAGUUUACUCUUCAUCACCUACCCCGAGGCCAUCGCCAACAUGAUGGGUUCCACCUUCUUUGCGAUCAUUUUUUUCGUAAUGAUGAUCACUCUGGGACUGGACAGCACGUUCGGUGGGCUGGAGGCGAUCAUCACAGCGGUGUUAGAUGAAUAUCCCCAUCAUUUCUCUCAAAGACGUGAACUUUUUGUCCUUUGCUUGGUGGUGGUCUGCUUCCUGGGUUCUUUGAGUACUCUCACUAAUGGUGGUGCAUACGUGGUGAAGCUGCUGGAGGAGUUCGGGGUCGGAAGCUCCAUCAUUGCCGUGGGAUUCCUUGAGGCCAUUGCAGUUUCCUGGUUCUAUGGUAUCAACAGGUUCAGCAAUGACGUUCAGGCCAUGCUGGGCAAGGCCCCAGGACUCUUUUGGAAGGUUUGCUGGGUUGUGAUCAGUCCAGCCUUUCUCGCGUACAUCAUAGUGAGCUCGCUCGUCAAAGCACCCCACCUCACCUUGUUUGACUACAAGUACCCGGACUGGAGCAUCACAGUUGGAUACCUCAUUGGCUUGUCAUCCUUCAUGUGGAUCCCCAUCUACAUGGUUUAUAAGCUGGUGUGGACGCCAGGUUCUCUGAAACAGAGGCUGGCAGUGUGUCUGCGGCCAGAGAGAACCAUACCAGACAUCCAUGCCAACAGCCUCAACAUGGCCACUGUCCCAUAACUAACAGCAGACAGUAAAAACACACUUGUCUCUCCUUUCUUUAUUUCUUUCGAGUUUUGUCUGUGACAUUACGACUGUUUGCAGCUCAAACGGGCUGCUUUUUCUCACUCUGUGGACAAUUCCGAAUUCAACAUUAAGGGUAUAGUGAAGCGCAGCAAUAUGAAUACUCACACCUGCAUUGUGUUCAUCUUUGCACAUUAGCCUACUUACUAAAAAUAUCCACAAUAACUCUUCCACUAGUGUAUGUUUCACACUGCCAUAAUGUCAUGGGAGAUCACAGCAUUAUAUCUAUGGUAUGGGAACAUACUAGUCAAUGUAUUAUAAUAUCAUGUUCAGCUAAAUUUAAAGGUAUUUUGUUCCUUGUGUAAUUUCAUAGGAUUAAGACAAGGCUUUACUUUGGGUGCCUGUUUAAAUAAGGGAUGUCCCAAACCGAUAUUGAAAGUGGUCCGAUUUUAGCAAAAAGGCCAAUAUUAAAAACUAUAUUGGUUUGCUUCUAAAAUCUAUAAUAUCGGGGCCGCGAUACAAGCAGUCCUGCAGCGUGUUUGUGCAAAGCUGGACAGCCAAAGUCCUCCAAUAAACACACCAGGUCUGUCUUUUCUUAUAUUUUAGUUAAGUCAUUUACAAAUUGUAAUCAUGGUAGGUUAUAGGCUACUAGGAGCUAGCAGCUACACAACAGCUAAGCACACAAUAGCACACAAACUAGACAUAUGUUAUACGG